AUGAUGCGAGCCGACAAUCCAGAUGAUGCGCUCGGAAGCUCAGCGCCACCACAGAUCGAGCAGUUCCUCGCACACACCAACCGGCUCCAACAACGAUACCAGUCUUUGCUUGAUAGCACCACCCCGUACCCAUUGCAUCGAUGGGGAGCCUCUGCCGCGCUGCUGUUCAUCUUUAUGCUUCGCAUCGUCCUGUCGCAAGGAUGGUACAUUGUCUGCUAUGCGCUCUUCAUCUACCUGCUCAACCUCUUCCUCGCCUUCUUGACACCCAAGUUCGAUCCUAGCUACGAAGCCGAUCUGGCCGAACAAGAUGUCGAGGAGGGCGAGCCGGGCCUGCCCACUUCGGCAUCUAGACCGAAUACCAAUACAGCCGCACCAGCCGCAGGAGGCCUCAUGAGCGGCGUCUUUGGAAGCUCGCUCAACGCUCAAUCCGGCGACGACGAGUUCCGUCCUUUCAUCCGUCGUCUGCCCGAGUUCAAGUUCUGGUUGUCCGCCACUCAAGCCAUCCUGAUUUCCCUGUUCUGCACAACCAGCAGCGCCUUCGACAUCCCCGUCUUCUGGCCCAUCCUCUUGAUGUACUUCUGCAUCUUGUUCACCAUCACCAUGCGCAGACAGAUCAAACACAUGAUCCGUCACAAGUACGUUCCCUUUGAUCUCGGACGCAAGACUGUCUACGGACGCAAAUAG